AUGGCGCUCCGGGACUUCUGUAGCGUCGAUGGCUCCGACCCCUUCUGGGGGUGGAAUGUCACGUGGAACACCAGCAGCCCCGACUUCACCAAGUGCUUUCAGAACACCGUCCUUGUGUGGGUGCCUUGCUCUUACCUCUGGGUCUGCUUCCCCUUCUACUUCCUCUAUCUCUCCCACCAUGACCGGGGCUAUAUUCAGAUGACACAUCUCAACAAAGCCAAGACUGCCUUGGGAUUUUUGCUAUGGAUCGUCUGCUGGGCAGACCUCUUCUACUCUUUCUGGGAAAGAAGUGUGGGCAAGCUCCUGGCCCCAGUGUUCCUGGUCAGCCCAACCCUCUUGGGCGUCACCAUGCUGCUUGCUACCUUUUUAAUUCAGAUCGAGAGAAGGAGGGGAGUCCAGUCCUCAGGGAUCAUGCUGACUUUCUGGCUGAUAGCCCUACUGUGUGCCCUUGUCAUCCUGAGAUCCAAAAUCAUGACUGCCUUAAAAGAGGAUGCCCAAGUUGAUGUCUUUCGUGACGUCACCUUCUACAUUUACUUUAGCCUCGUGCUGAUCCAGCUCGUGUUGUCCUGCUUCUCGGACCGCUCGCCCCUGUUCUCCGAAACCGUCAACGACCCCAAUCCUUGCCCGGAAUCCAGUGCCUCCUUCCUUUCCAGGAUCACCUUCUGGUGGAUCACAGGGAUGAUGGUCCAGGGCUACCGCCAGCCCCUGGACAGCACCGACCUCUGGUCCCUGAAUAAGGAGGACAUGUCAGAACAAGUCGUGCCGGUCUUGGUAAAGAACUGGAAGAAGGAAUGUGCCAAGUCCAGAAAGCAGCCGAUGAAGAUCGUGUACUCCUCCAAGGACCCCGCCAAGCCCAAAGGGAGCUCCAAGGUGGAUGUGAACGAGGAGGCCGAGGCUCUGAUUGUCAAGUCCCCCCAGAAGGAGCGGGACCCGUCCCUGUUCAAAGUGUUAUACAAGACCUUCGGGCCCUACUUUCUCAUGAGCUUCUUGUUCAAGGCUGUGCACGACCUGAUGAUGUUCGCCGGCCCAGAGAUCUUAAAGUUGCUCAUCAACUUCGUGAACGACAAGAAGGCCCCGGACUGGCAGGGUUACUUCUACACGGCGCUGCUGUUCGUCAGCGCCUGCCUGCAGACCCUGGUGCUGCAUCAGUACUUCCACAUCUGCUUCGUCAGCGGCAUGCGCAUCAAGACGGCUGUCAUUGGGGCCGUGUACCGGAAGGCCCUGGUGAUCACCAAUGCGGCCAGAAAGACCUCCACGGUCGGGGAGAUCGUCAACCUCAUGUCCGUGGACGCCCAGAGGUUCAUGGACCUGGCCACGUACAUUAACAUGAUCUGGUCAGCCCCUCUGCAAGUCAUCCUUGCCCUCUACCUCCUGUGGCUGAACCUGGGCCCCUCCGUCCUGGCAGGGGUGGCCGUGAUGAUCCUCAUGGUUCCCCUCAAUGCUGUGAUGGCCAUGAAGACCAAGACCUACCAGGUGGCCCACAUGAAGAGCAAGGACAAUCGGAUCAAGCUGAUGAACGAAAUUCUCAACGGGAUCAAAGUGCUGAAGCUUUACGCCUGGGAGCUGGCAUUCAAAGACAAGGUGCUGGCCAUCCGGCAGGAAGAGCUGAAGGUGCUGAAGAAAUCUGCCUACCUGGCCGCCGUGGGGACCUUCACCUGGGUCUGCACCCCUUUCCUGGUGGCCCUGUCUACGUUUGCCGUCUACGUGACCGUCGAUGAGAACAACAUCCUGGAUGCCCAGAAGGCCUUCGUGUCCUUGGCCUUGUUCAACAUCCUCCGCUUCCCCCUGAAUAUCCUCCCCAUGGUCAUCAGCAGCAUUGUGCAGGCGAGCGUCUCCCUGAAGCGCCUGAGGGUCUUCCUGUCGCACGAGGAGCUGGACCCUGACAGCAUCCAGCGCCGGCCCAUCAAAGACGCUGGAGCCACGAACAGCAUCACCGUGAAGAACGCCACGUUCACGUGGGCCAGGAAUGACCCCCCGACGCUGCACGGCAUCACCUUCUCUGUUCCGGAAGGUUCCCUGGUGGCCGUGGUGGGCCAGGUGGGCUGUGGGAAAUCGUCUCUGCUCUCAGCGCUCUUGGCCGAGAUGGACAAGGUGGAGGGACACGUGACUGUCAAGGGCUCAGUGGCCUACGUCCCCCAGCAGGCCUGGAUUCAGAACGUUUCUCUCCGAGAAAACAUCCUUUUUGGACGCCAGCUACAGGAACGGUAUUAUAAGGCUGUGAUAGAAGCCUGCGCCCUCCUCCCAGACCUGGAAAUCCUGCCCAGUGGGGACCGGACAGAGAUUGGUGAGAAGGGUGUGAAUCUGUCCGGGGGCCAGAAGCAGCGCGUGAGCCUGGCCCGGGCCGUGUACUGCGACUCCGACGUCUACCUCCUCGACGAUCCCCUCUCGGCCGUGGACGCCCACGUGGGCAAGCACAUCUUUGAAAACGUGGUUGGCCCCAAGGGGCUCCUUAGGAACAAGACGCGGCUCCUGGUCACGCACGGCAUCAGCUACCUGCCUCAGAUGGACUUCAUCAUCGUCAUGAGUGGUGGCAAGAUCUCCGAGAUGGGCUCCUACCAGGAGCUGCUGGCUCGGGACGGCGCCUUCGCCGAGUUCCUGCGCACCUACGCCAGCGCCGAGCAGGAGCAGGGGCAGGCGGACGACGGUAGGGUUGCGCGGGCCUUGAGUGAGGGUGGGCCUCCCUCUGGGGACACCCAUGUCCACGUGCCUUGCUUCCCCAGGCAGCUCAGCAGCUCCUCCUCCUACAGCGGGGAUGUGAGCCGGCACCACACCAGCACCUCCGAGCUGCAGAAGCCCGGGCCCACCGAGGACACCUGGAAGCUCGUGGAGGCGGACAAGGCUCAGACGGGGCAGGUCAAGCUGUCCGUGUACUGGGACUACAUGAAGGCGAUUGGGCUUUUCAUCUCCUUUCUGAGCAUCUUCCUUUUCCUGUGUAACCACGUGGCUUCCCUGGCUUCUAACUAUUGGCUCAGUCUCUGGACGGAUGACCCCAUCGUCAACGGGACCCAGGAGCACACGCAAGUCAGGCUGAGUGUCUAUGGAGCCCUGGGCAUUUCACAAGGUAUCUCGGUGUUCGGCUACUCCAUGGCGGUGUCCAUCGGGGGCAUCUUGGCCUCCCGCCGCCUGCACCUGGACCUGCUGCAUAACGUCCUCCGGUCGCCCAUAAGCUUCUUCGAGCGGACCCCCAGCGGGAACCUGGUGAACCGCUUCUCCAAGGAGCUGGACACGGUGGACUCGAUGAUCCCACAGGUCAUCAAGAUGUUCAUGGGCUCCCUGUUCAACGUCAUCGGCGCCUGCAUCAUCAUCCUGCUGGCCACGCCCAUGGCUGCAGUCAUCAUCCCGCCCCUGGGCCUCAUCUACUUCUUAGUGCAGAGGUUCUACGUGGCCUCCUCCCGGCAGCUGAAGCGCCUCGAGUCGGUCAGCCGCUCGCCGGUUUAUUCCCACUUCAACGAGACCUUGCUGGGCGUCAGCGUCAUCCGCGCCUUUGAGGAGCAGGAGCGCUUCAUCCGCCAGAGCGACCUGAAGGUGGACGAGAACCAGAAGGCCUACUACCCCAGCAUCGUGGCCAACAGGUGGCUGGCCGUGCGGCUAGAGUGCGUGGGCAACUGCAUCGUCCUGUUUGCCUCGCUGUUCGCCGUGACCUCACGGCGCAGCCUCAGUGCCGGCUUGGUGGGCCUCUCGGUGUCCUACUCCCUGCAGGUCACCACAUACUUGAACUGGCUUGUUCGGAUGUCGUCCGAGAUGGAGACUAACAUUGUGGCCGUGGAGAGACUCAAAGAAUAUUCGGAAACUGAGAAGGAGGCUCCCUGGCAAAUCCAGGAUAUGGCCCCGCCCAGUGACUGGCCCCAGGUGGGCCGAGUGGAGUUCCGGGAUUAUGGCCUGCGGUACCGAGAGGACCUGGACUUGGUUCUGAAGCACAUCAACGUCACCAUCGAUGGCGGGGAGAAGGUUGGCAUCGUGGGGCGGACAGGAGCCGGAAAGUCAUCCCUGACCCUGGGCUUGUUUCGGAUCAAUGAGUCAGCCGAGGGGGAGAUCAUCAUUGACGACAUCAACAUCGCCGAGAUCGGCCUGCACGACCUCCGCUUCAAGAUCACCAUCAUCCCCCAGGACCCAGUUUUGUUUUCGGGUUCCCUCCGUAUGAACCUGGACCCAUUCAGCCAGUACUCGGAUGAAGAGGUCUGGACGUCCCUGGAGCUGGCUCACCUGAAGGGCUUCGUGUCGGCCCUUCCCGAUAAACUGAACCACGAGUGCGCGGAAGGCGGAGAGAACCUGAGCGUCGGGCAGCGCCAGCUUGUGUGCCUGGCCCGGGCCCUGCUGAGAAAGACGAAGAUCCUGGUGUUGGACGAGGCCACGGCGGCCGUGGACCUGGAAACGGACAAUCUCAUUCAGUCCACCAUCCGGACACAGUUUGAUGACUGUACCGUCCUCACCAUCGCUCACCGGCUCAACACCAUCAUGGACUACACGAGGGUGAUCGUCCUGGACAAAGGGGAGGUCCGGGAGUGGGGCUCCCCCUCCGACCUCCUGCAGCGGAGAGGUGUCUUCUACAGCAUGGCCAAAGAUGCUGGCUUGGUGUGA